AUGUCUUCUAAUACAGCUACAGGAGCCCUUGCUUCACAAGUUGCUUCCGAUGAAGCAGCUGUUGUUCGUCGAAAAGCAGCAGAAAAAUGUCAAAUUGUCUUAGAAACUUUAUAUGAUUCUCGUAAUGGUUUUAAACAAUGCGCUGAUGAUUGUAAAGAUCCAUCAAUGAAAUUACUCUUUGACAAGAUUUCUUCAAUUCGUGCUGAUUUUAUUGCUCAAUUAUCAAAUGUUAUCAAAGUUGAUUUAGGUGUUGAACCAAUAAAAGAAGGUUCAGCUCUUGCAGCUGCUCAUCGAACAUGGAUUGAUGUUAAAGCAUGGUUUACAGAUGGACGAGAUAAAUCAGUAAUUGUUACUGAAGUUCAUCGUGGUGAAGAUAUUCUUAUUAAAUUUUAUGAAUCAGCUAUCGAAGAUCAACAUAUUUUACCUAAAGUUCGUGAUCUUCUUCAUGAACAACUUCGAACAAUCAAAGAACAAAAUAUUUCAGUUGAUACUAUCUAA